AUGGAGCCCCAGCUGAAGGACCCCGAAGACCACGGCCCCCCAGACGAGCCCCUCCCCGACCUGGAGUGCGCCGUGUGCUUCGGGCAGUUCAACAACAUCUUCAACACCCCCAAGAUUCUACAGUGCAAUCACACAUUCUGCCUGGAGUGCUUGGCCCGCAUCAACAUCAUAUCCGCCCAGCCCGAGAGCAUCCAGUGCCCCCUGUGCCGGGCGUCCACGCCGCUGCCCGCCCUGGGCCUUCCCAAGCUGGCCACAGACCCCACUGUGCUGUCCUGCCUCCCCGAGCCCAUGCAGCACGUCUACAGCAUCCGCUUCAGCCGUGACCAGGGCAAGCUGCAGGUGAAGAGGGUGCCCAGCUCCGCCCCGCCCUGCUCGAGAGAGACCCGGCACAGCUUGGACCUCGGAGUGCCUGCCGACGGCCCCCAGGCGGAGAGGCAGAGCCAAACGGCCUUCGGCCUGUCCCUGUUCUUGCGCCUGGUGAAGAUGCCCAUCUGCAGGCUGCUCUUCAUGGCUCUGGGGAUGCUGGCCGUAGUGUCCCUCACUGUCGGCAUCGUCAUCAUCCUCUCUCAGAGGAAGUGA